CUGGUUCUUCACCGCAGUUUGCAUUUUAUUACCUUCUGGACCAAUGCGACUUACCCUCGGCGGCCGUACCACGACAUUCUUGAGGAUACGUCCACAACAUUAUUGUGGCUCAUGCUUCGUGGACUGGUUGAAGUCCCUUUAUGGUUGGGGUGUGGUCAUGGGAGGGGGGAGAGGUCGGCGACCAGAAGCCUCAUUUUAUUGGCACGGUUAGCUAGCUCCCGCAGCUUAGCGCAACGCCCCUGGAUGCGACUCAUGGUGCCUGCUUUCGAAUGGCAGGGCGAAAGGCAGUGUGACAGACGUGAAUUUGUGCAUGCAGCAGCUGCGCAAUUCGUCUUGCGGAUGCAUCCCUAUGCCGCCUCUGCAAUUGUGACUAUCGGUCACCGCCAAGUGCCAGCAAGACACGACACGAUAUUGGAUUCUGAUUCCCAAAGCGUAACUUGCUCGUUCGGGGACUUUUCAUGAUCAGACGCAAUGUCGAUUGGAUCUACGAUGAUGGCGCGCUGGGCGGAUUAUCUGGACAAAUACAAGGAUCCGGCUCCAUGUGCUGCAUGCAUUUCACUUCAUGCA